AUGGACAGGUUUGGCAAUCACGUUAACUCUUCAUCCAGUUUCUUGCUGAGAACGCUUAACUACCUGGCACACUUCACUUGCCUGAAGAGAGACCUGGUCAAGGAGCUCUCUGAUUUUUUGGCUGAGACAAUGUUGCCAAAGGACUUCCAGAAGGAUGAAGAUGAGGAUGAAGAACAGGAAGAAGAGGAUGAGGAAGAGGAUGAGGAAGAGGAUGAGGAAGAGGAGGAGGAAGAAGAGGAGGAGGAAGAGGAAGAGUUAGAGGAGGCAGAUGAUGAAGACGGAGAGGCAGUAGAAGAUGAUGAAGAGGAAGAAGAAAUAGAGGUUGAAGUAGAAGAGGAAGAUGAAGAUCAGGAGGCAGAAAUAGUAGUAGUAGAAGGAGGAGAAGGAGAUGAAAGUUCCGGAAGAAGUGCAAAUGAGGAGAAUGGGGAUAUUUCAGAAGUUGAGCAAGUGCAGGUUAAACAAAGCAGACAUAAGAAGAAAAAGCACAGGCAUCGAAAUAAGCACAAGAAGCAUAAACAUACACCUGAAGAAGACAAAGACAGGGACAGGAGACAUAGACACAGACACAAGCACAGAAAACAUAAGCGAAAAGAGGUUGAGGACUCAAACAAAGAACUACCAUCUAAAAGGCCUAAAAUUGAUGAAUAUGCUCUCCUGGAAGAUUUGGAAAAACAGAGGGCCUUAAUAAAAGCUGAACUAGACAGUGAGUUAAUGGGAGGGAAAGUUCAGUCUGGAAUGGGUUUAAUUUUACAGGGUUAUAUUUCUGGGUCUGAAGAAGAAGGAGAAAUUUAUGAAAAAAUUCAGAAUGGGGACAGAUCAGAACAUAAAACAUCUGAAGUUAAAGCAAAACAAGAUCCUGUGGAUUCUAAAGUUGGUUCUAAAAGGAGAAGUAGAUCAAAAGAAAGAAGUAAACACAGACUUGAUAAAAGAAAAAUCAAAAGUAGCAGUGUUGUGAAAGAGAAAAAAAGAAGUAAAUCUAAGGAGAGGAAAAAGUCAAGAAGUCCUGUUAAAAUAAACAAACCUCAGGAUACAGUAAGAAAUUCCAAAUCUCCACAGAAGAACCAGUCUCCUGAUAAAAGUAAAAUUUCACCAUCUUCUUUGGAAGAUAAAAGGAAAUCAAAGGAACGCAAGAGGUCUCCCCCAGCAAAUGAAGGCAAAAAACGAGAACAAGUUAAAAAAUCCAAAUCACCUACUGAACCUGAAAAUAAACCCAAAGAGCCGAAGUCAAAAUCUGAAGAGAAAAAGGGCAAGAAGUCAGAGACAGAUAAGGACAAAAAAUCUGUCAAGUCACCAUUUAAAGACAGUAGUUCUGGUAAAGAAAACAGAUCACCCAGCAGGAGAGCUGGUCGCAGUCCCAAAAGGAGGAGCCCCUCUCCAAAGCUCAGAGAAAAAGCUUCACAGCAAAGUAAGUCCCCUCCUGCUCAUGACAGAGUUUCAAAGCAGAGCAGAUCUCCUUCCAGAAAUGCAUCUCCAUUAAAAAGAGCAAGAAGCAGAUCUGUAGAGCAGCGGAGAAGGGACUUGGAGAGACAGGUGUCACCUAGGAGGCGGUCUCGAGAUGAUGCUGUUACAAGACGGGAAAGAUCAAGAGAUAUCAGCCCAUCUCGUUGGUCUCCUUCAAGGAGGAGGCCUAGUAGGUCACCUCUUAGGAGGCGAUCUCGUUCACCAAUCAGACGCAGUCGGUCUCCAAGGAGAAAAAGUAGGAGUCCAAGGAGGAGGUCACUUGAUAGAGAACGUUCUCGAAGAAGCAGAUCACGACGGAGGAGGCGAUCUAGAUCUCGAGGCCGACGAAGAGGCAGGAGUAGUAGUAAAGCCAAGGAGGACAAGUUUAAGGGAAGUCUUUCUGAGGGAAUGAAACCUGAGCAGGAAUCUUCAGAUGAUAAUCUUGAAAACAUCUCUAUAGAAGACGAAGAAGAUGAAGAAGCAGUCAUUGAACUGAGAAGAUUGCAGAGACAAGCAAUUUUAGAAAAGUAUAGGUACUUAAAUGAGGACAGCAAUACAUCUCUACAUUCAGAGCCUAACAGCCCUCGGAGUAGUUUUGAAAGCCGUUCACCUUCUCCAGAUGACAUUCUGGAAAGAGCAGCUGCAGAUGUCAAACAGUUUGAAAAAGACAACUCAGACACAUUUGAAGCUUCUGUUAAAGCAAAGCAGAACCUUAUGACAGCUGAGCAGAAAGAUGCCCCAUCCCAGAAGAAGAUUACUGCUCCAGACAUGUUUACAGAAUCUGAUGACAUGUUUGCUGCGUACUUUGAUAGUGCUCGUUUAAGGGCAGCAGGCAUUGGGAAGGAUUUCAAAGAGAAUCCUAACUUGAGAGAUAACUGGACAGAUGCAGAAGGCUAUUAUCGUGUGAACAUUGGCGAGGUUUUAGAUAAACGUUACAAUGUGUAUGGGUACACUGGCCAAGGAGUCUUCAGUAACGUUGUACGUGCCAGAGAUGCAGCCAGGGCAAACCAGGAGGUGGCCGUCAAAAUCAUCAGGAACAAUGAACUCAUGCAAAAAACAGGGUUGAAAGAACUGGAAUUUUUGAAGAAACUUAAUGAUGCUGAUCCUGAUGACAAAUUUCAUUGUCUGAGGUUGUUCAGGCACUUCUACCAUAAGCAGCAUCUGUGCUUAGUGUUCGAGCCACUCAGUAUGAAUUUGCGUGAAGUGUUGAAGAAAUAUGGAAAGGAUGUUGGCCUUCAUAUUAAGGCAGUACGAUCCUACAGUCAGCAGUUGUUUCUGGCUCUGAAGCUCCUAAAAAGGUGUAACAUCCUACAUGCUGAUAUCAAGCCUGACAAUAUAUUGGUAAAUGAAUCUAAAACCAUUUUAAAACUGUGUGAUUUUGGUUCAGCUUCACAUAUUGCAGAUAACGAAAUAACACCAUACCUUGUCAGCAGAUUUUAUAGAGCUCCUGAAAUUAUCAUUGGAAAACCAUACGACUAUGGCAUAGACAUGUGGUCUGUAGGCUGCACUUUGGCAGAGCUUUAUACAGGAAAAAUCUUGCUUGCUGGGAAGACCAAUAAUCACAUGCUUAAACUUGCCAUGGAUCUCAAGGGCAAAAUGCCAAACAAGAUGAUUCGAAAGGGAGUGUUUAAAGAUCAGCAUUUUGAUCAGAAUUUGAACUUUAUGUACACUGAAGUUGAUAAAGUUACAGAAAGGGAGAAAGUUACCACCAUGAGUACCAUUAAUCCUACUAGGGACCUUUUGGCCGAAUUGAUAGGUGGCCAGAGACUUCCAGAAGACCAACGUAAGAAAGUCCAUCAGUUGAAAGACUUGUUAGAUCAGAUUUUAAUGUUGGAUCCAGCCAAACGAAUCAGCAUCAAUCAGGCAUUACAGCAUCCUUUCAUCCAGGAAAAGAUUUAACCAGUUGAAGUACAGAAGUGAUGUGACCUAAUAAGCUGCAAAGACUGAAGGGUUCAGGAAAAAGUUGAAAAUGUGUAAAAGCUUAAUUUACUUUAUCUUUCACAUUCUGGAAGUGUUAUUGAAAUAACACCAGGUCUGGUGUUUCAAGAUGAAGUAUGGGUAGCAGAUGUGUUUAUUUGGGUUUUCAUGUAAAAAUGUAAUUAUAAAAUAUUUAAGAUUGUCAAGACUGCUUAUAGAUUUUGUUACUUGUAAAUAGUUUAAACUGGUAUUUUGUAUUGUAAUAUUGGAUUUUUUUUCUUUUCAAACUUGGCAUCAUUCAUUUUUUCAGAUCAGAAAGCAUAAAUGCUGUUUAUAUUCACAUUUUCCUAGGUGUGCAGGCCACAGCAGCAUGCCCUUGGUGUAGUCUUUGCCGAAGGGGGUCUGUUCUUCUUGAGCCUGCCUGCAGGGAUGGUUUCCUGUUUUAAAGCAGGUUGUGUACCACUUUCAGUACACUGAAGGUAAGCUAAACAUCACCAUCACUAGUUUUACGGUAUUGACAUAUUAGGUUAGCUGGUGUGUUUGGUGGGAGACGAGAAAUUGUUAAGCUCUGUGGCAGGAUUCUUACUUUAGUAGGAAUAGAGUUUGUAUUUGCUUGUUUUACAAUUGCUGCUACUGGUUUCCAGUGUUUUGUUUUGUUUUUUUUUUACAAUGAAAUUUGGAACAUAAGCUCUUGAUGUAUAGAAUGCCUUCAGUGUACUGUUUCUUAAACGUUUCAGUAUUUUUAUGGACUCACUUAUGAAAUCUGUCAGGUACAGUUCAUUAUGCUACAACCAGUCCAUGAAGUAUAAUAAUGGAUUCAUUUUAUUGCAGCUUUCAGAGUAGCACUGUUUGAGAAAGGCAACAUUUGCACCUUUGUUAUACUUUAGGGGAAUUAAGCUUGUCUGAUUUUGUGUAUUGUUUUCAUUUUUUGUGAUUAUGUUGUCUCUCAAUACAGGCAUAAACGUUCUUCUACUCUUGAGCAAAGCACCUGCUUAUUAAAAGCGGUAAUUGCUUCUUUACCUUUUUUCUCUUGUAAAUAAAGUUUUUUUUAAAAAAAAGA